AUGGCAACAACUUGUGAAAACCCUGUCUCUAGUAAUGAGAAAAAAGGAAAAUUAAGUUUAAAAGAUUUACAAAAUGUUAAAGAUAUCAAUGAAAUAGAUUUUGCAAAUAUAGAGAUAUUAAAAGGUAAGACACCCGAUGACAUCAAUGGCCAAUGUCUACAACUAUGCCAACAGUAUUUGGCCGGCAAUUGGUUGCAACAGACCGUCGAUACUAUUAAAAUAGAGAGAGUGUCGGGCGGUAUGACUAACCAACUAUACUAUUGUGGAAUUGUUAACAAAUCUGAUGAUAAACAAGAAGUUCCACAACAAGUGGCGGUUAGACUGUAUGGACCAAAAUAUUUCAAUAAUAAAGACUGUGACGGAAAUGAAAGACUCACUGAUGUAGUCAUAGCACUGAUGGUCUCACAAAACAAAUUGGGGCCUAAAAUAUACGGUAUCUUUGAUUGCGGACAAAUACAAGCAUUUUAUAAGCACCGACCGUUUAGUGUUGAAGAGCAAAAAGAUCCGAAAUUAGUGACCGAAUUGUUUCAAAAGUUAGCCCGAGUUCAUGCAAUGAAUGUGCCCAUCAAAAAGUGUCACUGGUCAUUGAAGGAAAUGCAUAGAUUUUAUUAUAAUUUCAUUAAUAAAACUGAGUUAAAAUGUUUGGUCGAUAAACUCGAGGUAUUUAUUAAAAAUGAUUUAAAAGUAGAGAUGGAUUGGAUCAGAGGUGUGGUUAAGAAGACAAACAGUCCACUAGUGUUUACACACAAUGACUUCAGAAGCAAUAAUAUAAUGGUUUUAGAGGACACUAAUGUCCAGUCCGGGGAACAGAUAAUAUUGUGUGACUUUGAAUAUUCAAGUUAUGGCUAUCGGGGACAGGAUUUCGGUAUUAUUAUGUCUGAAUGGGGACGUACUAUGACUGACAAGAAGAAACCGAUGACUUUACCCAAUGAUUCUACUUUGAGACCAAUAAUUGAUAUCUAUAUCAAAGAAACGGAGAAAUUGUUAGGCAAAGAGUAUUGCGAAGCAAAUCGUUUUACUUUGGAUGUGAUCAUCAAAGAGGCGAAAGUAUUUACAUUAUAUAUGCAAAUAUGGUUUUUGAUCUUUUUGUUAGGCAAUGAAGACAAAUCAGAAGAGUUUUUCAGUAAUAAUAAUAUAAGUAUACAAAUUGCGGAUAGUAUUUUCAAACGUUAUUUGGAUCUAAAACAACAA